AUGACUGAUACAAGCGAGCAACUUCCAACCCUUCCCUCGGAUAUUACUCCGGUGUGGCUAGGCGAGAAGCUCGGGCACAAGAUCAAGUCGAUCAAGAAUACCUCGAACAUUUGGGGCACGGCUAGCAAAUUGUUCUACACCAUUGCCUACCAAGAAGACAGUAGCGAUGAGCGGCCACGGCAUAUCUGUAUUAAGGGCGUUUUUGACCCCGAGAUGAUCGAAGCUCAGCCAUGGACUGUUAGCUUGGCCCAGCGAGAGUCCCAUUUCUUCGCCAAGGUGGCGCCCAACGUUAAGAACAUGAUUUUCCCCAAGGGUUGGUGGAGCGGCAUGAGCGACAAGCAGGGCAUCGCUAUCAUGAACGACUUGACCACUGAGGGAUGCGCUUUCCCCGCGGAGACUGCCUCAUAUCCCGUCGAAAAGGUCAUGAAUGGUGUUGAGCAACUGGCUGGUCUUCACGCGCAGUACUGGGGUCAGAGCCAGGACGAUCAUCCAUGGAUCUGGAACAACUACGACCCAGCCAUGAAAUUCAUGUGUACCACAUGGGACCAGGUUGUCCGCGCGCCGGGCCGCCCCGAGCUGCCAGAAUACCUGAUGGAUGGUACGCGUUGCAAUGAAGCUUUAGACCGCUAUUACUCGGAGCGCAAUCCGAGGUUCCGUACGCUACUGCACGGUGAUACCCACAUUGGCAACGUCUACUUUACAUCCAAUGGGCGUAUUGGCUUCCUCGACUGGUCCGCCUUCCACUUCGGGUCGUGUUUCCACGAUGUUGUUUACCACAUGACGGCCAUGUUAAGCAUUGAAGAUCGCCGUGCCCACGAGAUGGAAAUUCUAGACCACUACCUAGAGACGCUACAUCGACUUGGUGGACCUAAAUUCGACCGUCACAAGGAUCCUGAAGUCAUGAUUGAGUACAAGCGAUCCUUUAUGACUAACGUGAUCUGGCUUAUCUGCCCUGAUGGUCUGCAAAGCAAGGAGCGCGUGGCAGUACUAUGUGAACGUACUGUUGCGACCUAUGAUGAUCAUAAAGUUCUCGAUGUCAUUCUUGGUCAGCCUAAGCUGGCAGCCUGA